AGCUUGGAUAUGAAUCGAACGGUCUUGGCUGCUUUCGUUCUCACGUUCGCCGUCGCGUACGCAUUCCAGCCAGAUGAUCAGUUCUCAGAAAUGGAGAAACGUAAAUCAGCGUACAUGCGUUUUGGCAGGUCGGAUCCAGAGCUCACUGAUCAGUUAUCAUUGGAGAAAAGGAAGAGCGCCUACAUGAGGUUCGGCAAACGAUCGGAAGUUGCAGAUGAGGAUAGCCUAGAUAUGGAAAAACGCAAGUCAGCCUAUAUGCGCUUUGGAAAGAGAAAGAGCGCCUAUAUGCGAUUCGGCAAACGUUUCUCAGAACUCGAUGAACCGAUCGAUAUGGAGAAGCGUAAAUCUGCCUACAUGCGAUUUGGUCGUUAAGCUCUUCCCAACUUUCGGCCCGAGGUCGCAAUCUAUGUCCGAGUGAACAUCAAACAUUUUAUUCAUUGAUCUCAUAUGUUGUUAAUUAGUGAUCAUUUCGACAAACCGGCCUUCGCUUUCAUCACCUGGCGUUCUUCUGGAAUAUAAGCUGAUUAUGUGGUGAAUGUGUGGUUUGCGGAUUCAAUAUCCAAUCUCAAGUCAAAUUUUGUCACUAAAGCAUAAAAUGACUGUUAGUGCAUCGAUAAUAUGAACUGUUGGAGUGUGCAGUAAAGAAUUAGUUA